AUGGGUUCUUUAAGAAUAAUAACAGUUGACCAUUAUAUGUCUAAGCCUUUGAGUGGUUUUGAUCCACUCUACUCACACUUCAGAAACAGUGCAGUUAAAGAAGUACCAGUUAUUCGAAUCUUUGGUGUCACACCAUCAGGUGAAAAAGCUUGUGCUCAUAUACAUGGAGCUUUCCCCUAUGUGUGCAUACCUUACGACUCUAAGGAGGGUCGUGCCUCAUUUACUUAUACCAUGGCCGAAUGUUUAGACAGUGCUAUAAACAAUUCUUUUGGAGGGGGCAGUAGGCAGCAGCAUGUAUAUAAGAUAUCUGAAUUUUCUGCAAUACCAUUUUAUGGUUUCAACUCAUCAAAACAGCAAUUUUUAAAGAUUGAGUUUUAUCGUCCAUCUAUGAUCAAAAGAGCUAUCCAGAUUUUACAAGCUGGAGGUGUAUGUGGCCAGAAGUUUCAGCCUCAUGAAGCUCAUCUUUCUUAUAUUUUACAGUUCUUCAUUGAUUAUAAUCUAUAUGGAAUGAACUUCUUAAAAUUGUCAGAGGUUGCCUACAGAAUGGAAACAAACUGUGAAACACCUACUGUUGCUGAUUACCUUAGUAAAACUACAAGCUGCCAAGUUGAGUUAGAUGCCACCGUAGAACACAUAAUGAAUAAGCAUGAAGCAGCAAAUGGAAAUAGCCUGAACCCAGGACUUGCAUCAAUAAGAGAAGAAGAACAGAGGAGGAAAAUGGAAGAUGGAAUUGACCAAAGUAGCCUCAGUUUGUCUGACAGUAGGAACUUUGAACCUACUAAAUCAGAUUUACAGUUUAGGAACCAGUUCAUAAAUGGCAUUAAGGAGAGAAAGGAACUGGAAGCAAGCGAAGCCAACUUUGAUGGUCUAUCACAGUCCAGUUCAAUUGGAACACAGCAUGUUGCUUUUGACAGUGAAGAUGUAUCUGUGCUGAAAGUAUUGUUGGACAGGUUAGUGGCUGAUAAUGAUGCCCCAGAUGAAGAUUCUAUUCUUGGGUCAUGGUCACCACAUAAUGAGGGCAAUGAUGAACCAGUGUUUGAAGAAACUGAAGAUCAUCAAGAAGUAGAUGAUCUGUCCCAACCAUUUGUUUCUUUUAUCGAGCUCUCUGACUCAGAAGAUGAAGCUAUUCCAACAAACCAAGCGCUAAGAAAUUUUAAAGUUGAAAGAAAUUCAUCUUCAAGUGGGGAUGAAUGGCAGCCAUUGUAUGUGGACGGUAAUGCUGAUGAUCCAACCAAAGAUGAGCCAGUCAAGAGACGGCAGAGAAAAGCUCCUAAUUGGAGAAAUAAGUAUGGACCACUUGAUGUGAAGGUGUAUAAAUCACCAAAAAGAGAAGUUUCCAAGAAGAAAAUUUCAAGCCCAGAAAUCUUCCGUACUCUUGAACAAAAUACAUCAGAGUUGAGGAAGAUUAGGAGUCCUAGAAAUAAUAAAACUCAUCCUGAUCUUUCCAGUAAUUCUAGUUCAUCAUUUAAUGUUGACAGCACAUUCACUGUAAAAGAGGAAGGGAGGGUUACAAGGUCUAGAGCCAGGAGAAAUUUGUUUAGUACAAAUGACACACAAACUAACGUUUCGGCUGUAAAGAAAGUUCUGUUUGAAAUUAAAGAUGAUAGCCAAGAAUCAACCAAAAAAAAAAUUUGCAAUGAUUCUAAUAAUAUCAAGAGUAGAACUAAUAAAAUAAUAGCAAGCAGAAAUAGCAUCUCAACAGGAACUGUUACUGUCUUAGCCAAUCCUAGCAAUGCUGAGGAAAAUAUCUCUAUUAAAGGACCUAAUCCAUUAUCUGAUUCUUCCAAGGCAGAGCUGCCAUUUGAUGUGGCGAGUGAGGAAAUAAUAUUAUUGGGAAACUCAUCAAAUGUUAUUACUAGCUCAGACGGAUCUGUUUCACCACCUUCUGAAAGAGUCACUGCCAAUGAUCGAUUGACCAACCAGACAGUGACUUGUGGCCAUAUUAACUAUGACAGUAAUGACAGUUGCAGUACUGUUCUUUGGAGUGACGUAAAUGCUACUCAGCACAGUAUUGCUAGUUUUUAUGGUGACACCACGAUGGCUGCUGUUGUGGAUUCUAAUCAUAAGAUCCUGACUCCUGCAGUAGAUGCACCGUCUUCUUCAGAAGUAGAGGAAACAAUGACUAUUUAUGAUAUUGGCAAAGCCAUACCAAUAGAACCUUUUUAUAGUAAUCCUUGUGAUGGUAGUUCAUCAAAGGAGAUAGGAUUUACCAUAGUUUCCCUUAAGAGCAAGUUUCCUCCUCAUCUCGAAGAAUUCACUGGUGACUUUGGCUCUGUGUUAGACAAAAUUUCAGUGAAUCCUAAUAGAGCCACGUCUUCAAGGCGUCCUGUUAUCCUACAGCCUGUAAUAGAUCCUCCUCUACCCAGUGAAAUUCUUUUGAACUGUGACGAUAAAUGUGAUUCAGUAGACAGCAGCAUCAUACCUCUGACUGCUGAGGAUGAUUCAUGUACUGAAAUUUUAGAUUCCCAGGACUCUGCAAAGCCAAGGAACAGACGUCUUACUCAGGUAAUGAGAGAGAAGAGGCAGAGCGGAGAGAUAGACCUCGCUACCCCAAAUAACUCCGGUCAGUUCAAAAUGGACUUCCAGAACCUUCAGGAAGUUCAUAUGUCUAGCCUGUACAGGUAUACUACUCUCAUGGUGCUCGAAAUACAUGCAGGGACGAGAGGUGAGCUUUGUCCAGAUCCUGAGUACGACGCUAUCCAGGCUAUUUUCUAUUUGAUGAUGAAUGAUGUUCCCCCCGGCAGUGAUAAACCCACUCGUUUAAUGGGUGCUGUGAUAGUUUCUAAUGUAGCAUGCCAUGGUAUUCCCUAUGAAUGUGAUAUGAAAAUGGUAGGAACUGAAAAAGAACUGAUUACCAGCCUGCUUGACGUGGUUAAUUGUCAUGACCCAGAUAUUAUUGCUGGUUAUGAGAUAGAAAUGCAGUCAUGGGGUUACCUGAUUCAACGUGGCUAUACACUUGGUUUCAACUUACUUUUAGAUCUUUCUAGGGUAAAAAUACAGAAGGCAGGGCCACCUCCCUCACAACUAUCUGGACAGACACUUGAGAAAGAUUACAACCUCAGGCUCCCAGGCAGGAUAGUUCUCAAUGUAUGGAGAAUAAUGAGACAUGAGGUUGCACUGCUGAGCUACAGCUUCGAGAGUCUAAUCUACCAUGUCCUGCACACCAGGGUUCCCAAGUUUUCUUAUAAGACCUUGACGCAGUGGUGGAACCAUGGUUCUUACAAGUUCAGGUGCCUUGUGAUUCAGCACUACCUGACUAUGGUAGAUGGUACAGAGAGACUGCUAGACCAGUUAGAUUUAGUGAGGCGGACUAGCGAAUUGGCUAGCCUCUUUGGGAUACAGUUCUACGAAGUCUUUUCUCGGGGCUCACAGUUUCGGGUGGAGUCUAUGAUGUUGAGGCUGGCGAAAAGGUUGGGGUUUGUGGCAGUUUCGCCAAGUGUCGAGCAGAGGGCGCACAUGAUGGCACCUCAAUCGCUACCACUCAUCAUGGAACCUGAGUCCAGAUUUUAUGGAGAUCCUGUUAUUGUAUUGGACUUUCAGAGCCUUUACCCAUCCAUGAUGAUAGCCUACAAUUACUGUUUUUCUACGUGCCUUGGAAGGAUCGCAGAUCUUGUUGCAUCAGAUGAGUUUAAGUUUGGCUGUACAUCUUUGAAGACAAAUUUGAAGGAGUUGUUCAAAUUACAGAAUCACAUUCAUGUUUCUCCUGCAGGUAUUGUGUUUGUUGACAAAUCAAUCCGGAAAGGAGUAUUACCUCAAAUGUUGGAAGAAAUACUGGAGACCAGAUUGAUGGUCAAAGCAUCUAUGAAACGCCAUAAAGAUAAGAAAUUGCUCACUCGAGCUUUGGAUGCGAGGCAGCUUGGCCUAAAACUUAUCGCUAAUGUCACUUAUGGGUAUACAUCUGCCAAUUUCUCUGGAAGGAUGCCAUGUAUUGAGGUUGGAGACAGUGUAGUGAGCAAGGGCAGAGAAACUUUGGAAAGAGCUAUUAGGCUGGUUGAGGAAACUGGUGAAUGGAAGGCCAGGGUCAUUUAUGGCGAUACUGAUUCCUUAUUUGUUCUGUGCCCUGGGCGCACUAAGGAGGAAGCAUUUGUCAUUGGCCAGCAGAUUGCAGAGCAGGUCACCAACGCCAACCCCCCUCCUGUUAAACUCAAGCUUGAAAAAGUCUUCCUCCCUUGUAUAUUGCAGACUAAAAAACGUUAUGUUGGAUAUAUGUAUGAAUCUGCAGACCAGGAGACACCUAUAUAUCUUGCGAAGGGUAUUGAGACAGUUCGUAGGGACGGCUGUCCUGCUGCCAGCAAGAUCCUGGAAAAAAGCCUGAAACUGUUAUUUGACCAAGGAGACAUGAGCGCUGUACGUCAGUAUGUUAGACUUCAGCUGACCAAGGUACUUUCUGGUCGCCUCAGUCCUGCCGAAUUGUCAUUUGCGAAGGAAUAUCGGGGCAUUUCCGGUUAUCAUCCUACUGCUCCUGUUCCAGCCCUCAAGAUAGCAAGAGAGCUGUUAUCCAGAGACAGAAGGGCAGAGCCACGGAGAUCGGAGCGAGUGCCUUACGUGGUGGUAUGCGGGCCUCCAGGCCUCCCUCUCAUUUCGUUAGUGAGGCACCUUCCCGCCUACCUGGCUGAUUGUUCCCAGCUGGUCCUUAAUGCUGACUAUUAUAUCACUAAGGCAAUAAUACCACCACUGGAGAGGUGCCUCACUCUAGUAGGAGCAGAUGUGUUCUCAUGGUAUUCCACCUUGCCUAAGAAGCAGUUAUUCCGAGGGCAGCAACUGAAAGGUUCCAAUGCUGUACGAAAAGCGACCAUCUCGCAAUAUUUCGCAACUGUUAACUGCGUGGUAUGCUCCAGAGCAACACGACUAGGACUUUGCGAAUCCUGCCAAGUUGAGCCUCAUCUUGCUAUUGCUCAUCUUUCAAGAAAUCUCUUUAAUCUGGAGAGGAAAGCAUUUAUGUUUGACAAGAUCUGCCAAUCUUGCUGCAGUCGGUCUUAUGAAACAGAUUGCAUCUCAUUGGAUUGCCCUAUACUCUUCAGACGUGUUCAGGCGACUAUUGACAAAAUGCAAACUACUAACCUGCGGCAUAUAAUGGACAACUUGAUAAGAGAAUUAUCACUUGUAUAAUAUGCUUGUAAU